AUGCUCACAGAGAUCCAAUGGCUCAGCAACCGCUUUGAGGGCUCGGAACAAGACGUCUAUUUUGGCCCAAUUGUCGUCGACUACAGCAAGGUGCAAUCCAGGGUGAAGGCAAAGUACGACCAGUGGCACAGGGACUUGCUGAGUGCCUUUGGGGACAAGGUGAGCGAGACUAUGAAUGAGUUCUUUCACCAGGUGAAUCAGGCCGUUCUGGCUUGGCAACUGCAGCAUGCCCAAGUGGACUUUAAGGCGCAGAAGCUGCUCGUAAAGCAGCGCUUUCAGUUUCCAGAGGACUGGAUGCACAUUGAGCAAGUGGAGGGCGAAUGGGAGGCUUUCGAGCAAAUCUUGGCACGGAGGAACCGGAUCUUGGAGCACGAGCUGCCAAAGCUGCGAUCGGUCUUGGUGCAGAAAGACAAGCAACUUGAAGAGAACAUCACGCAGCUGUACGCGGAAUGGUCCAGCCAGAAGCCAGUUCAGGGCAGCCUCAAGCCGACAGAUGCCAUGAAAGUCAUCAAGGACUUCGAUGAGCGUCUGCAGAUGCUUCGGGAGCAGCACAGCCAGCUGCUGCAGCUUAAAAAGUCUCUGCAGAUGGAGGUUGGCGAUGUUGAAGCACUUGCACCGUUGCAGGAGGAGAUGGAAAACCUCAAGGACGUUUGGGCUGAAAUUAACACCGUGCACAGCCGCGUGGAGACGCUCAAGGAGACGCUCUGGACUGCAGUGGAGCCCAAGCGCAUCAAGAAUGCACUGGAGGACUUGCUGUCAAACAUGAAGCAGAUGGAUCGGCGACUGCAGCAAUACGAGGCCUUUGACCAUAUACAAGAGCAGCUGCAAGGGCACAUCAAGUUGAACCAGGUUGUGGCCGAGCUGAAGACCGACGCCUUGAAAGAGCGACACUGGAAGCAGAUUGUGCAGAUGCUGAAGCUUGCCGUGGGCUUCAACGAGCUCACGCUGGGCCAUUUGUGGGACUCAAACCUCGAGAAGCACCAGCCGGCCAUCAAGGAGAUCCUCGCCCGGGCUCAAGGUGAGAUGGGCCUCGAGCAGUUCCUCGCAGAGGUGAGGGAGAAGUGGAGCAACUAUGAUUUGGAAUUGGUGCCUUACAAGAGCAAGUGCCGCCUCAUCCGCUCGUGGGAUGACCUCUUCAGCCAGCUGGAUGAGCACUUGCAGAGCGUGCAGUCCAUGAAGAUGUCACCCUACUACAAGUCCUUUGAAGAUGAGGGUGCGACGUGGGAUGACAGGCUGAACAAGAUCCGCAUCGUUUUCGAUCUCUGGAUGGACGUGCAGCGAAGAUGGGUAUACUUGGAAGGAAUUUUUGGAAGCAGUGCGGACAUUCAGCAACUGCUUCCAAAUGAAUUUGCUCGCUUCAAGACCAUCGACUCUGAGUUUGUCGGGCUGAUGAAGAAGGUUGCUGCGAAGCCCAAGGUGCUCGAAGCCGUGGCAAUUGAAGGUGUGCAGAAGCAGCUGGAUCGACUCUCGGACAUGCUGACGGCUGUCCAGAAAGCUUUAGGCGAUUAUUUGGAGAAGCAGCGCUCUCAAUUUGCCCGCUUUUACUUUGUGGGCGACGAGGACAAGCUGAAGCUAAAGUCCUCAAAGGUAUCUUCGAAGUUUGCAGGACUUGCUUGA